UCUACUUUGCGCAUGCGCUUUUUUUUUGGUCACGUGGGAUCCUGUUCCGGUUGCUGAGGAUAUUCAGAUCCAGGUGAGGAGGAUGAGUUCAAGUAAUGGAGCCAGGAGGAAAGCCAACAAACUGCCACAGUCCAACAACGAUGAAGCACCCCAUCUAGACACACCGGCAGAGAUACAAAGUCUUUUUGGUAAAGUCAGGGCCUAUGUGAAGCCGUCCGGUGGGGAGUGGGUCAUCCCCAACAUGAGCGAUGCUCUCACACAUCAGGCAGAGGAGCACCAGCGUCUGCAGGAGCUGAAGGCAUCUUUGAAUGCUGUGAAGAACCAGCUCAGUGAUAAGGACAUGCAGGUGUGGCAUCAGCACACAAACCUAACUAACCGGGCGGGGAAGGUGAUUGCUGCCGUGCGCUCCACCGCCAACGCAGAGAUCUGCACUCAGGCCUGGUGCAAGUUCUAUGAGAUACUCGGGAGCUUUAACCUUCUUCCAGAGAAGGCUCUUUGGAACGGAGAGCUCAACACGGUUCAUCUGUGUGAAGCUCCUGGAGCUUUUAUAACCGCUCUGAAUCACCACAUCAAAACCAGUGAGGCGACACGGUACUGCGACUGGUGUUGGGUGGCCAACACCCUCAAUCCGUACCAUGAAGCCAAUGGAGGGGGGAAAACCAUCGCUGACGACCGAUUAAUUGCCAACACGCUGCCCUGGUGGUUCUUUGGCUCAGACAACACAGGCGACAUCAUGGUGCAGAAAUAUUUGUUGGAUUUGCAUAAGUUUGUGUCAAACAUGCACUUUGUUGAUUUGGUGACAGCAGAUGGAAGUUUUGACUGUCAGGAGAAUCCAGAUGAGCAGGAGGCGCUGGUGGCGUCCCUCCACUACUGCGAGGCCACAGCUGCACUGCUGCUGCUGAGCCCCGGAGGCUCCUUUGUCCUAAAAAUGUUCACUCUCUACGAACACUCCUCAGUCUGCCUACUCUACCUGCUCAACUGCUGCUUCCACUCAGUCAACGUCUUCAAACCUGCAACCAGCAAAGCGGGAAACUCUGAGGUUUACGUCGUGUGCCUGAACUAUAACGGCAAGGAGGCUCUAAGGCCCCUCCUCUCCAAACUGAUUCGCCACUAUGGGGCAGAUCUGUCUGACAGAGAAGCUCUUUUCCCCAUUUCCCUCCUCCCGGAGUCGUUUCUGGAGCAACAUGAAGAGGUGUGCUUCUAUUUUCACACGCUGCAGGUAAAGACAAUCACAGAAAAUCUGCAACUGUUCCAGAAGAUGAGUGCAGAGCAGAGGCAGCAGCUGGAGCACGUGCGGGACUGUGUGGCUCAGGAGUACCUGCAGCGGUUCCAGGUGAGCUUUCUUCCACGACGUCAGUGGGUUUCUCGUGGCUCAGUGAGGCCUGCGUGCAGCAUGGUGUCAGCAGGCCGACCUACGGGACAGAGAAGGCAGACUGGAUCCUUCAAUGAACGGAGGGAGUUACAGACUCUGAGCUGGAGGGAGCGAGUUAAGAGGAGCUGCCAUGCUGCCUGGAUGCAGACCCACUGCACAGAGGAUAGAGAGACGGGAUGCAUACUGGAGGGACCUCUGUCGAGCUGUAGUGUGGAUUCGUGGUAUGUCGUUAUCGGGGCUGCCCUGCUGGCUGUCAGGAACUCUCCAUUCUGUGAAGGAGAGCUGCUAAACCACUUAAAUGAAGCCCUCACAGACACAGCCGUCGACUGGACCUGUCUUCCUCGCUGUGACUCCUGCCAUGUAACUUCCACAGCCUCCGUCUUAUCUGAGGCUGCAGGCUUAUGUGCCCUCCAAGCUGGCUCUGUGGAGAAAGCAGGGAAGAAACAGUGUGUGGUGUUUGGCAGCAACUCCGUGUGGAGUGCUUGUCAGAGCCAAGAUGGGGAUUUAGUCUUAACAUUGCGCGCUGAACCUUCAUUUCCGCAGAGAAGCUGCAACUCACUGCAUGAUGGGGCGCCGCUGUACCAGCAGCAGCUCUUAGACUGUGUCAUAGACUCCCUGCAGAUGCUGAGCUCGGGGGAUGCCCUGCUGCUGCCUGUUCUUUCCGCCCUCACGCGAGUCACUGCGGCAGUCGUGUUCUGCCUGCAUGUGUGCUUCUGCUCCGUGUCAUUUAAGUGUCCACGCCCCUCCGGCGUGGUCGGAGCACUGCUCGUGUGUGUUGGCUUCUGUCCCAAAGCGGCUGCCCGAAUGCUCCCAUUUCUGACCGAUGUGCAGCGAAGCAUGAGUGAGACGUUAAAACAAGAUGAGGCCUUGAGUAAAAGUCGGCUUGGUGGAAGUGGACAGGUGCUGCAAUUUGUUCCCAUGGAGGAGAUGCUGAAUGGAGGGCUGAUGGAGUUCCUGUGGACCAUGAACUCUGAAAUCAUCCAUCAGAAGCUGCAUCUAGUCAUGGAGCCACAGCUCCAGCACAGUGAGCCCUCUGUUUUUACAAAAACAAGCCAGAAGAGGUGCUAUAAUUUAGCCAUUUCUUCAGACAGAACCCACAGGUCAAUGAGUCAUUUCUGAGUGCUAAAAUCAAGAGUAUUCCGAUCAACAAGUGUAGACGUAUUUUUACAUAAACAUAUGAAAAGACAGUCCUCAUUAAAUCCUGAAACAACUUCUGCAGCACUGACUCCCCCACAAACUCCACUAAAGGUUUGUAUAACUGAUAGUACCUUAGUUCUGUUGCCUUUAUAUAAAACAUGUAAAUUUGCAAGCGGUUUACAACUAAGUCUAAAACACAAUUUACAUUUCUGGUUAAUUCAUUUUGACCAAGACCAUUAAUGAAAAAUCAGUCUGUACUCAAAAUAAGGAAAAUAUAAACAAAGUAAAUUGAUAGAGCGCCGCUGUUACGAUUGUACACUAUUAUUAAAUGAUAACAACGGUUUAAUUAAAACCACUGCAGCACAAGACAAAGCGAAUUUGCAGGUACCAUUCUGAAUUAAUGCGUACUAAAAUAGAAGCAGGCUUUGGUUUAUUAAAAAAGUGUCUAUAAACAAAGAGAAUCUAUAAAGAUUACUUUAGAUUAAUUACUCCUCGCUCUAGUUUGCAUUCAGACCGAGGAAAUCUGCUUUUCUCAGUUUAUCAUAUGUUUUAAAAAAGGCAGAAAGAUAAAACCAGAAUCUAAAUCUGUGUUUAUGAAAAAUGGUUAAAGCAAAUAUCUAUAGCAAUAUGUGCAUAUAGAAGAUGCACAUUUGGGAUUUACUUCAAUAAGAAGACAGAAUAUUUCAUAUUGGGUGUUUUUGUAACUAAAGUUUUCAGUAUAAUCUGCGCUGUUGCUCUUUUAGCAGCUUGUGAUAACAAACCUUUUUACUGUUGCAUUUUGUGUUCAGUUCACCACCUUUGACCACCUAUAAGCAGGAGGUAUAGUAAUGGGACAAACCUAAAAUGCACAUUUCUUUAGGGUUCAGCAGAAGUCAUUUGGAUCUCAACCGGAUCUCUACACCAAUUGAAGUUGAAUCUUUAUUUUGUGUUUUUAAAAGAUUGUGUUUCCUUUUAUGUUGCAUGAAAGUGUGAGGAUGCACUGAAAAAAAGACACUGGUUUACUAAAGUUUUUAUCCAUUCAGUUUUUUCUGUCAUAACUUAUUCUUUUACCAAAGCAAUAAAAAUAUAAAUCAUAUCCUUUUAUCGAGA